UGCUGCUUCGUCUUCAUCUUCGCCCUUACAUACUUUCCCGUCCCGUUACAUAGAUCUCUUUCUCAUCACCCACCAUGGACAAGAUUAAGGAGGUGAGCUGACAUUCCCCUUCUCCCCCCCUUUGGCGGGGUAGCUUGGAAGCUCCUGGAAAUGCACAUGCACAUUCCCGUUGUUCCGACUUCCCCCUAUCUGUUGGGCUCCAUGCAUCCCGGAUACCAUCGUGCCCCCCCCAUUAUCCAGACACCUCUGGUACUAUUUCCCAGGAUCGAAACUGACAGAUGAUGCUCUAGAGAAUGAACACCCUCCGCCUGGAGGCUGACGAUGCCCAGGCCAAGGUCGAGGAGUUGAAGACCAAAGUGAGAACGUUGGAGCAGGAGAACCUGGCCAAGGAGCAGGAAAUCACAUCCCUCAACCACAGAAACCAGCUCCUGGAGGGUGAGGUGGAGAAGUUGGAAUCCAACGUGAAGGAGGCCAAGGAAGCUGCCACCCAGAGUGCCCAGCACGAUACCCAGAACGAAGCCCUCCAGAGACGUCUGCAGCUGCUGGAGGAAGAGGCCGAAGAAGCCGACCGGAACCUGCGUGAGACCAAUGAGAAACUCCGUCAAACCGACGUCAAGGCCGGCCAUUACGAGCGUAAGGUCCAGGCCCUCGAAUCCUCUCGCGACCAGUGGGAGAGCAAGUACGAGGAAAUGGCCAAGAAGCAUGCCGAAUUACAGAAGGAUCUCCACGACCUCGAGGUUUCCAUCAGCAACGUCUAA